AAAGCGCACAAGACUAACGAAGCGAACGAUACAAACAAUACUCAAAACAAACACAAUGUACAAGUGUCUGAUCCUAGUAGCAGUUCUGAGCACCGCGACCUGUGAUGAAGCCAGGAAGCGCAGGGUCGAAGAUCCUCUCGCCGCGUUCGACAGACAUUUGACACACACCCUCGCGUACCACUACCUUUGGCCGUGGAGUCAACUCAUGAAGGCGGCGGCGGUCAUCGACGCCGAAGAUCAUUUGGAAGAACCCCAGAUUAUUUCAGAUGCAAAGAGGUUCGAAAUCAACUUGAACGUAAAGAGGUUUAAACCGGACGAAUUGAGAGUCAUGGUGAAGAACCGGUACAUCAUCGUCGAAGGGAAGCACAAGGUAACCAAUGAGGACACCAGGUUUAUGGCCAACCACUUCGUUCAACGGUUCGUGCUGCCUCCGGGAAGCAAACCGGAGGAAGUGAAAGCUAUUCUGAACGAGAAAGGUGUGUUGAGCAUUUCGGGACCGAAGCACGAGCUGCCACCGCCGCCUCCGAUGAUAGAAGUGCCAAUCGAAGUAUUAAUACCUGAAAAGACGACGGAGAAAAUCGAAGAGGUGGAAAAGGUCGAGCUAACGACCGAGAAGAAAGAGGUACCAGCGAUCUCCACUUCCACAGACACUCCUUUGGAGCAACUGGAGCUGACUGAAGCGACGACACACAUCGGGAAGAUUAGAAAGAAGGAGUUGAAGACUACGCCUAAAGCGACGAAAGACAACGAAGUUACGAAGGGAGGUGAGGGGAACGGUUUGGACUACGCCCUGAUAGAAGCUGAUGAGUGAGCGUGUUGUGGUGCUAUGUGUAAAAAAAGACUGGACAAAGCUUUAAAUCGGCGGCUGUGAAGACUGUUGUGCCAGUGGGAACCGUUCGAUAACCCCG